AUGGAACUCAACCGAGAACAUUUUCGCGCCAUAAUUUAUUACAACUUUCAGAGACAAUUACCGCAACAAGAAUGCCUUACUGAGUUACUGUCUGUUUUCGGCAACGAAGCGCCACAUCAGUCGACAAUUUCCCGUUGGUAUGGAGAAUUCAAACGUGGACGGGUGGGUCUUAGCGUCGAUCCCAGGGUGGGUGCACCAAAAACGGCAGUCACCCAGGAAAACGUCGAUGCUGUGCGCAAACUCAUCAUUGAAGAUAGACAUGUGACAUAUCGCGAGAUUGAGGCGGUUAAUUGGUGUCAAAAAACGCUUGACCGUUUCAAUUCCAGAAACUCAAAAAAUGUGUACAGCAUUGUUAGUGAUGAUGAAUCGUGGAUUUACUGUUAUGAACCAGAAAAUAAACGACAGUCAGCUGUUUGGGUGUUCCAAGGUGAAGAAAAGCCAACAAAAGUCAUCCGUUCUCGAAGUGUUUCGAAAAAGAUGGUCGCGACAUUUGUAACUGUUACUGCGGAUUGGUAUACCACCAUCUGUUUGCCAAAAGUCAUUACCGAGCUUCGAAAAAUCAGCCCCGAAAGAAGAAUCAUCCUCCACCAAGACAAUGCAAGCUCGCACAUAGCUCAAAGAACAAGGCAGUAUUUAACGGAAGAAAACGUUGAAUUACUGGACCAUCCUCCAUAUAGUCCCGAUCUAAGUCCUAACGUUUUCUUUACUUUCCAGAAAAUUAAAAACAGACUGCGUGGUCGAAGGUUCCAGUCACCAGAAGAAGCAGUUGACGCAUUCAAAAAUGCCGUUUUGGAUCUGCCAGAAAACGAGUGGAAUAAGUGCGAAAAUUGGUUCGAUCGCAUGCAGAUGUAUAUUAAUCUUCGUGGAGAAUACUUCGAAAAACAAUAAAGUCAUUUAAAACUA